CUUGAAACAUACUGCAAGAUUCACUCGGAUGAGGUCGUGCCGCAUGUCUUGAACAUUGUAAGUUUUGGCCCUUGUUACGAACGUCUCAAAGACAAGCUGGACAAAUUUCAAUAUACGAUCAUCCGUUCAGCAGCUUGCUAAUAAGCCGCAAGCGAGACAAAGCCUGGGAAGUAUUUCCAUAUCCUUGCAUCGGUCAGUUUCGUUUUCUGGAUAUGGCUCUAGGUGGCUUCGAAACAUACCCGGAAAUAGUCAGGAGACUCAAAUCUGGCGAUCAAAAGUACCUUGACUUGGGCUGCUGCUUCGGCCAGGACAUUCGUCGACUCGUGACGGAUGGAGUACCUGGUGAAGUCUUGAUAGGCAGCGACCUUCAUCAAGGCUUCCUUGAUCUUGGAUAUUCACUUUUCAAAGACAAAUGGACACUCAAGAGCGAGUUCAUCGCCGCUGAUGUCUUCGAAUCCCGAUCAGCACUCACAUCGUUGGAAGGCAGUAUCGACAUCAUCCACGCAUCCUCUUUCUUCCAUCUCUUCGGCUAUGAAGGGCAGAAGAAGAUUGCAAGACGCAUAGUCCAGCUUCUUAAGCCCCAAAAAGACUCACUGCUAGUCGGACGUCAAGUUGGCAACAUCAACGCGCAUGAAGAAGAGUCAUCGGCCAGCGGAAGCGGUAACAUGUUCCUGCAGAAUGUGGACUCAUGGAAGCAAAUGUGGAGUGAAAUUGGAAAGGAAACUGGCACAAAGUGGAAGGCAGAGGCCGCUCUAGAAGACUGGCCAAUGGUUGGAAACAAGGUAUCAUGGCACAAGGAGGGAACCAAGAGAAUAUUCUUCUCGGUCAGGAGGCUGUAAAGUCAUGUCAGGUUGGUAGUACCGAUCACGAUGGUGGAUCAUGAGGAGAAGAAACAGCAUAUUGUAUGUAGGACGUAUGAGAUUGCUCACAUGCGACACAUCAUACCCGCGUGCGAAGUACUGUCACAUUUGGUAAUUUUCUUAAGACACGCACUUUGUCGACCUGCA